GUCUUAUUACUGAUAACGGAAGCCACUUUUUUAUACUGAAUAAUCUCUCCAUAACUUGCAAACGAACACGAAGUAUAUGCAGUUCAUAUUGAUAGCGAUGCAUUUGUGUAUAUAGAGAAACCUCUGGAGAUAUAACGGGCGUUGUACUGAAAUAGAGACUUUAGUUUAGACUGGAAAAGUUUAUGAAAUUUCAUUAACAAACUGUAUGGUGAAUACAUUUUGAAAAUGGAGAACGUUGGUAAUAAUGAAUACGGUACUAUUAAAGAAAUUGUAAUCAAAGACAAGUCAGGAAAUGAUUUUAAGAUGAUUGAAGUGGACGGGGUUUAUCUAAUGCCCGUAGAAGAAGAACCGGAAGUUCAUUUUAGACAAAUCAAGGAUCUCAAGAUACGAGAUGAUGACGUCAUGAUAUGUGCUUACCCAAAAGCAGGUACUCACUGGAUCUGGGAAGUUAUUCAAAUGUUACGAAGUCAAUCUACAGAAUAUAACAAACAGAUCAAGGAGAAACAAAUGUUAGAAUUCGGCAAGAUGGCGGAUAUAGACCAGGAACCGUCUCCACGUCUCCUUAAUUCUCACUUAUGGCCGCGACAUUUACCCACAGAGAUGUUCUCAAAGAAAACCAAAAUUAUUUAUCUGCUUCGGAACCCAAAAGACACUGUUGUCUCGUAUUUCUUCCAUGUUAGUGGAGUAGAUGUUACCUUAAAGUACUAUGGAACUAUCAGAGAUUUCAUAGAUAUGUCUUUGUAUAAAACUGUACCGUAUGGAACGUGGUAUGACUACGUUCUAGAGUGGGAGAAGUUCUUUGAAACAACUGAAAAUCCAUUUUAUCAGUUUACCUAUGAAGAUAUGCAUGAGAAUCCAGCAGAACAUGUAAAAGGUUUAGCUAAAUUUCUAGAUUUGCCAGCGUCUGAUGAGUUAUGCAAAGCUAUAGUUGAAGCCUGUAGCUUUAAGAAAUUACAGAAAGCUAACGAGGAAAUUAAAGAUGAUUUUUUAAAAUGUGAAUGGAAGGAAGGAUUAUCGGUCUACAGAAAAGGUAAAGUAGGAGAUUGGAAAAAUUGGUUAACUGUUGCUGAAAGUGAAAGUUUUGAUAAAGUUACAGAAGAAAAACUAAAGAAUAGUAAAGUGAAAGUCAGAUAUACCUUAUGAAUAUGGACAGUAACUUUAUUUCUAGAUAUAGCUCAGCUUGAGAACAAACACGAAGCUAAUUGACCGACAUUUUAAUUCAUAAAUCGACGAAUUUAGCCGAAAGCAUUAAAUAUACUUCGAGAAUUCUGAAAA